CUUAUCCAGCAGAGCAAAGCAGAGCAAAACAAUGGCACCUCUGAUUACUUCCUCCAUGAAUAAACCUUCUUCGUUCCUCUGCUGUGUGGAUUUUAUCAACCCUCCUACACCACCAUUUUUCUCUUGGCCUUGGCCUUCGUCUUCUUUAAUAAGAGGCCAAGGAGUAGUCACUCUCCAUGGUAGCUCUAGGCUUAAAUUCUCCCCCACCCUACAAAACUCUCACUUAACCCUACUAGGUCUGCCCCUUUCCAAGCGCCGAGGACUCUUCCAAUGCAACGUUCUUCAAGCCACCCAUGACUCCGAUUCGGGAAUUUCACUGUUUUCGCUCUUCCUAGAAAUGGGUAUAAGCAAGAAAGUAACCGAGGCACUUUUGGACAAUCAUCCAGCUCUAAAGCUGUCACCUUUUGAAUCCAUUCGCGCCCAAAUCCAUGGUCUUCAAAAUCUUGGAAUUAAUGGCCAUGUGCUAUUUAGACUGGUUAAAAAAAGACCGGAUGUUUUGAUAGCUAAAGAAAUCGAUUCGUUGGUUUGCUUUCUUUCCCGUGAUCUGAAAGGUAUGAUUGAGCCUGCUCAGCUUGCACGCCUUCUUAUUGCUACAGACACAAUUUUUUUGUCUGGUUUUGAAGGAAAGGUUUGCUUGCUGUUGGAUUUUGGGAUUCCAAAAGAAAGGCUUGCUCAUGUUCUCAACAAUGUGAAUUUAACUAAAGCCUUGUGUUUGAAGUCGUCUGAAGAGAUUGAAAGGAUGGUGGCUUUCUUGAACAGGUUUGGCGGUGUUGAGUUGAUACUUGGUCGUCCAGCGAUCCUUAACUUUGACCUGGAUUCGCAGCUGAUCCCUAGAAUUGAGUUUCUCUUGAAUCUAAGUGGGGGAGAUGAGGUUGCAACAACUACUGUUUUACGGAAGCUGCCUUUCAUUUUAGCUUACACCGUGGACCAUUAUACUAAUCAUGUUGAGUUCUUGCGAUCAUAUGCCGGGUUAACCAAUGAAGAGAUAUUUAAAAUAAUACUUGUAUAUCCGAGCUUGUUUAGUGCUAGCCAGAAGAGGAAAUUACUUCCUAGAAUUUAUUUCCUUAAGCAAUGUGGGUUCAGUUCCAAUGAUAUCUUUAAACUCUUAAUCAAAGCCCCUCUUUUUCUAAGCUUGUCAUUUGAAGAGAACCUUGCAUAUAAAUUGGCUCUCUUGAUCAAGAUUGGGUAUGAACAUAGAACUAAGGAACUGGCUUUGGCAAUGGGAUCAGUGUGCAGAACUAGUUGUAAGAAUAUGCAGGAGGUGAUAAGCCUGUUCUUGAAUUAUGGGUUGACUUAUGAAGAAAUUCUUGCCAUGGGAAAGAAGCAUCCACAGGUAUUGCAAUACAAUCAUAAAUCAAUGAAACAGAAGCUGGAUUACUUAACUGAGGAGAUGGGUUGUGAAGUUAGAGAGAUGCUGGCUUUUCCUGCAUUUCUUGGUUAUGGAUUUGAUGGAAGGAUUAAGCACAGGUUUGAAGCUAAAGGGAAAUUUUUGGGUGAAGGAUUGUCAAUUAACAGGCUAUUUAGCAUGUCAACUGCAAGAUUCUCUAAGAAGCAUGAAAAGAAGUUGUCUGUAACCAAAAGCAGCAAACCACCAAAUGAAGAACAAAAGUCCUGAUCAGCGUCCUCCAGCUGCUCAAUUGCUUCGUACAAUCAAUAAUUUUUUAUUUGAGCUCCUCCUAGCAUGGUGUGAAAAGAGUCGGAUGAAAAAUUGAGAGGUCAUUAAGAUGCCAAUCUCAGGUAGGGACAAGAUUUUUGGUGAAAACAUCACUUGUAUUAAGUUCUUCUUCUUAUUCUUAUUGAGGUUGAGGAACAGCAACUGAAUCCUAAUAACAAAUCCUUUGACAUGUGUAGUACCAUGAUCCAAAUCUUUUUCAGCUUUCAGUGUGGGGAAGAGUUUGACGAUGUAGUAAAUUGGUUGGAGUUGAUGAGUGUGUGAUUCAGAUCUGCAUCCAAAUGAUGUAGUUAUUGGUUUACGCAUCAAAGUUGAACAUGUUACGGCUGCUGAUAUGUUUUGUUGGUAAUUUGAACAUAUUCAUCAAAGGUUAUGAAUGCAUGCUCGGAGUAAGAGGUUUAAGGUUUGAUAAUCCAAGCGCUAUCUCUAUUGCCUCCUGUAUAUCUUCUUCUGUAUACAGCCAUGCAAUCAGGAAUCCUCUUUGUUUCAAGCAAAUCAUAAAACAGACCAGCAACUGAACAAACAGAGAUCAGGCCAGGAUGUAAUAUUGAAAUCUUAGAAGACAGAGAGCCUUAUAUUUAUUCAAGCAGCAGUUUCCAUAAUAGCAAUCUCAUCAAGAAUACUCAUUGGCCAACACCAAGAGAAGCCAGCCUUACAACUGACGUGGGUUGGUUACUGCUAGAGGAAGGCCAUAGGUAGGUAGUUGAAGGUGGUUUUAGGGGUACAGUAGGGUUCAUCCAACCAGAUGUAAUAAUCAAAAGUUAAUAAACUCCAAUAACUAAAUUUCGUUGGACUCAGUAGGAUGCAAUUUGAAAUUACAAGGAGGGGUUUGAUUUCAUGUUUAACAGCGACACCAA